UCUCUGGCGCUGCCUCCGGAGCGGGCGGCGCGCGGCAGAGGGGACCCCGGAGGACAGAGCCCCAGCCCGGGGCCAGCGCCCCCCUGCCGGCCGCCAGGAGGAGAGGAGGACGGCCCGCCCCUCCGGCCCCGGCCUGCCCAGCGGGGCAGAGUGCUCCCACUUGCCCCUGGCGUGGUACCAAGAGGGGCCCAGCGCAUGAGCAGCCCAGCCUGCUGACCGCCGCUCCCCGCCUGUCCAUCCUGCCACGGCCACACCAUGUCCGGCUCCUACGACGAGGCCUCCCUGGCUCCGGAGGAUUCCACCGACAGCUUCUGGGAGGUGGGGAACUACAAGCGGACAGUGAAGCGCAUCGAUGACGGGCACCGCCUGUGCAACGACCUGAUGAGCUGCGUGCAGGAGCGCGCCAAGAUCGAGAAGGCCUACGCGCAGCAGCUCACCGACUGGGCCAAGCGCUGGCGCCAGCUCAUCGAGAAAGGCCCGCAGUACGGCAGCCUGGAGCGGGCCUGGGGGGCCAUCAUGACGGAGGCGGAUAAGGUGAGCGAGCUGCACCAGGAGGUGAAGAACAGCCUGCUCAACGAGGACCUGGAGAAGGUCAAGAACUGGCAGAAGGACGCCUACCACAAGCAGAUCAUGGGCGGCUUCAAGGAGACCAAGGAGGCUGAGGACGGCUUCCGCAAGGCCCAGAAGCCCUGGGCCAAGAAGAUGAAGGAGCUGGAGGCAGCCAAGAAGGCCUACCACCUGGCCUGCAAGGAGGAGAAGCUGGCCGUGACCCGGGAGAUGAACAGCAAGUCGGAGCAGUCGGUCACGCCCGAGCAGCAGAAGAAGCUGCAGGACAAAGUGGACAAGUGCAAGCAGGACGUGCAGAAGACGCAGGAGAAGUACGAGAAGGUGCUGGAUGAGGUGGGCAAGACCACCCCGCAGUACAUGGAGGGCAUGGAGCAGGUGUUCGAGCAGUGCCAGCAGUUUGAGGAGAAGCGGCUGGUGUUCCUCAAGGAGGUGCUGCUGGACAUCAAACGCCACCUCAACCUGGCCGAGAGCAGCAGCUACGUCCACGUGUACCGGGAGCUGGAGCAGGUCAUCCGGGCGGCGGACGCGCAGGAGGACCUGCGGUGGUUCCGCAGCACCAGCGGCCCCGGCAUGCCCAUGAACUGGCCCCAGUUUGAGGAGUGGAACCCAGACCUCCCUCACGCCGCCGCCAAGAAGGAGAAGCCCAAGAAGGCCGAGGGGGCGGCGCUGACCAACGCCACGGGGGUGCUGGAGUCCGCGUCCCAGGCCGGCGACCGAGGCAGCGUCAGCAGCUAUGACCGGGGCCAGCCCUACGUCACCGAGUGGUCGGACGAUGAGAGCGGGAACGCGUUUGGGGGCAGUGAGGCCAAUGGGGGCGCCAACCCCUUCGAGGACGACGCCAAGGGCGUGCGCGUGCGGGCCCUCUACGACUACGACGGCCAGGAGCAGGACGAGCUCAGCUUCAAGGCCGGCGAUGAGCUCACCAAGCUGGGCGAGGAGGACGAGCAGGGCUGGUGCCGCGGGCGGCUGGACAGCGGGCAGUUUGGCCUCUAUCCCGCCAACUACGUGGAGGCCAUCUAGCUGCCCUGCUCCCCCAACACAGCCCUCACUCCCCCCCCCCUUCCUUCCCACUCUUGUCACCUCCCCUUGCCAUAGAGUUCCAGACAUAUUUUACGAUCAAGCUUUUAUUUUUUUAAAAGUCAAAACAGAA